CGAAUCACAUUCAAGAAUUGUUGAACAUAACCAAUUAAAUCGGAGGGAAAUUAUUCGUUGAACGAAAAUUGGAUAUAUUUUAAUCAGUUCUCCAAAAUUAUUACAUUAAAUUAAUAACAAUCAAAAUGCCGUGCGAAAUGAUAACAUUGCAAUUGGGCCAAUGUGGCAAUCAAAUUGGUUUCGAGUUCUGGAAACGUUUAUGUGCAGAACACGGCAUUAAUCCCGAAGGUAUUUUGGAAGACUUUGCUACAGAAGGUGUAGACAGAAAAGAUGUCUUUUUCUAUCAAGCGGAUGAUGAACAUUACAUUCCAAGGGCAGUGCUGUUGGAUUUGGAACCUCGAGUCAUUAAUACUAUUAUGAAUUCUCCUUAUUCAAAAUUGUACAAUCAGGAAAAUGUUUUCUUGUCAAAGAAUGGAGGAGGUGCAGGCAAUAACUGGGCAAGCGGUUACUCACAGGGGGAAAAGUUGAAUGAAGAAAUUUUUGAUAUUAUCGACCGAGAAGCUGACGGAAGUGAUAGUUUGGAAGGUUUUGUACUUUGUCAUUCAAUUGCUGGGGGAACUGGGUCAGGAAUGGGUUCAAACAUUUUGGAGAAAUUGUCAGACCGUUUUCCGAAAAAACUGGUACAAACAUACAGUGUUUUUCCAAAUCAAGAUGAAAUAAGUGAUGUGGUCGUGCAGCCCUACAACUCCUUAUUGACCCUAAAAAGAUUAACAGAAUCAGCAGACUCAGUUGUCGUGCUGGACAACACUGCAUUGAACCGUAUUGCCGCUGACAGACUCCACAUUCAAAACCCUACCUUCACCCAAAUCAACAGCUUAGUCAGCACCAUCAUGUCAGUCUCCACCACCACUUUGAGGUAUCCAUCGUACAUGAACAAUGAUUUGAUGGGCCUAUUAGCUCCCUUAAUCCCAACUCCUCGGUUACAUUUUCUCAUGACAGGCUACACGCCACUUUCAACAGACACCGACGAAGUUAGUGUAAGAAAGACGACCGUUUUGGACGUCAUGAGACGUCUAUUGCAACCCAAAAACAUGAUGGUGUCCACCACGUUGGACAGAAAUUCUCAACAUUGUUUCAUUUCAAUUUUGAACAUUAUUCAAGGCGAAGUGGACCCGACGCAGGUCCACAAGUCAUUACAGCGCAUAAGGGAGCGAAAAUUAGCUCAGUUUAUUCCAUGGGGACCUGCCAGUAUACAGGUGGCUUUGUCCCGGAAAUCCCCCUACAUACAAACCGCUCACCGUGUAUCUGGUCUUAUGCUCGCCAAUCAUACCAAUAUUAACUCGUUGUUUGACCGAGCUCUUGCACAGUAUGAUAAAUUGCGCAAGCGCGAAGCUUUCUUGGAACAGUUUAGAAAGGAGGAGAUGUUCAAGGAUAAUCUGGAUGAAUUGGACAACAGCAGGGAAACUGUACAGGAUCUAGUUGACGAAUACGAUGCAGCAACACGAGAAGACUACUGCACUUACGGUCUCACGUGAUCUUGAACGGUUGCCUGUAAGUUUUUCAAAGACUUUUCCUUAUUUAUAUGAAUUUUCGGAUAAAACGUACUUCCCCCGUCGUUCGCCUCUAUUUAGGUGAUAUAUGUACCGGCUAUUUAGAAUUUAUACACAACAGGCAUGCGCGCAUUGUACAAUCUAACCUUUAUAAACAAAAUUUUGAACAAUAAUAUUUUGUUCCAACGAUAA